GGGGUAAUGGGGAAACUGAUGCCAGGAGGCCGAGCACACGAGCCUGGCAUCCUGGUCGACUGAAAGGGGGCGACGCCACCCCGCGCGAGGCACGAGAAAGGCGCUGCUCUGUUCGGGGACGGGUUCCAGAGCCGGGCGGGGAGGAAGCGUCGCCCCAGGAGCCCCGGUCCCGCCCAGGUACGACCAAGGAAAGGGGCGUGGAGGCCCAGGCGGCUGACAGCCCGCGGAAAUGCGGAGGCUCCCGUGGCCAUGGUGUGCGGAGCAGAUUUCCCUCCCUGCUUUUUGCCGGAAGAUUAGAAAUUUGUUAGCCGGCUGGAGAAAUGGAGACGCCGAAAUUGAAAAACUGAAGAUGUUUGCAUAACUUCAAAGACAAAAUCCACAAAGAGUUCCCAUUUAGGACAGAGGCAAAGGUCAAGGAAAGAAACUUUAAUAUUCUAUCAGACCUGUUUCCAGUCUGCAAAAGUUGCCAUGGAGCAGAUCAGUAAUUUUUUUCAUUCCAUCUGGUCUUUUAUCUGCUUAAAACAUCAGGAGGGCAUCUAUAACACAAUCUGUCUUGCUGUAUUAAUGGGGUUACCUGUUCUUGUCCUCCUUGUUGGAAUUUUCAUCUGUUGCCAUUGUUGUUUUUGUGGCCAGCAGCAAAGGAACAAAAAUAGCCACAGCAGCAGUAGUCCAAUCCAAGGGAAAAGAAGACAUAAUAUUAUGAAGAAGAAGAAAAAGAAAGAAGAAGAUCUGUGGAUUUCAGCCCAGCCCAAAGUGCUCCUGCUGGCAAAAAGGCCAUCAUUGUUGGUUUAGAGGAAUGCAGACAGACAAGAGUUACUUUCCUUUCGUAUACAGGAAUAUUCCUAUUGCUAUCUCAUAAUGUGUUCAGCUCCACGUCAUAAAGCUGAGAACAUGCCGUUCUAUCUUACUUCCACAUGAAGGAAGUUAAUUUUUAAGUUUAGGAAUGUAGCUGUAUUUUCAAGUUGGAUACAUGCAAGCUGCAACAUUACACCAACGCAGAAUGAAUAGUGUGCAUCCACUGAAUGCAUAUUAUUUCAGUGUACACCAAAGGUAUAUGCUUACAUGAACUCAGUAGCAAAUUGUAUUCUACAAAUAGGCACUUGUGCCCUUAGGAUGCAGAAUUAAAACUAGAACUUUUGCUUUGCAUAGCAUAGCUUGCACUGAAAGCUUAUGUGCACUAGCAAGUAAGAAAGUAAGUAAGCAAACUCUGCUGUAUACAUGAAGGUAUAUAUCAUAUAUUACCAUACACAUUUACUUAUACAAUCUGAUUGCACUGAUAUGUAAGCCAAGGUAUUGAAUUGAGUUAUUUUUAAAAGAAAUUGGGUUAUUUUUAAAAGAAGAAGACUAUGACUAGUGAUUAUUUGCUAGUUUUGGAAGAAAAUUGCUGAGUCAGUUGGGCCUUUGGUUUGAACAUUUGGGCACACAAGAAAUUGUUUUAUUAACAAAUGUCUCACAUUCUUCUCCAUGUCUGAACUAGUCAGAAUUUUAUAGGUUUUACACAUUGCUUGCCAUACCAAUAAUCUCUACUUUCAUUCUUUAAAGGGUUAGGUUUUUAGGACUUCCAGCUAUGCUGACAGCUUUGGAUGUACCAAAUUGGGGAAUGGGGUAGGCUGAAGAUCAGAAAGAUGAGACAUUAGUAUUGCACAAGUAGUAGAAAAAUAAACACCAAUAUCAUAUCAAUCAACAUGAUGAAAAAUUUGGUGGGGGAGGGAACCCUACAAUCUUGGAACAAUGUAUUAUGACAAGGGAAUAAUAACUCUCUUGGUCAAGGCAAUUACAAAUAUAUUUUUGCAUUUUCAUUAAAAAUCUAUUACUCUGUGCUUAGAUUAAGUGAUGGGGUGACUUGUUACCAAUAUGCAUUGUGUUCUUUAUUUUUAGACUUGCAUUCUAGGGUUACUCUAGAGAUAAUUAAAAGAAACCCACAACCUUUUUAUUUAAAAAUAAAUUUAUUUUAAUAAAUUGUGCUUCAUUACAUUUUGUGUCCAAAUUUCUACUACUUACUAAUUAAAGAAAAAAAUGA